AGAAGCUAGCCGUCUUAGACAAACCUAAAAACGUAGAGGAACUGGUUUCUCGAUUUCAACCAUUUUUCCGACUUAUCCAGAGUCAUGUUGUUAUUUUGACCUUUUUUGGUGCUAGUGACAAAACACAGAUAAACCUCUAAAACCCCUUUUCCCUUGACACUCCGUCGAUAGAGGGACGGUCUCUUGAGGCCGCAGGUGCGAAACUCUCCAGCUGGCUAUCAACUUACAGCAGGUUUCUUCUUCAUCUUAUCUUAUGUAGAACAAAAGAGACAGAGAAAUGGAUCUUAAAAUACAGUUGACGGCAAACAAAUUCUACCUGUCUUCUAGUACAAGAAGAGGAGUGAUUAUUUUUAACCAAACCCACCCAAAUCUUGUCUUGUUACCACUUCCGCGUUACAAUCGCAUCAAAAGAAGAAAAUCCGGUUUUCGUGUUUCUGCUUCCGUCAAUCCAGAUGGUUCAGAAGACGGUUCGGCUUGGUCCAAGUUCUCUCGGUCAAUUCGACGCAGUUCGGAGGUUUUGUUAGAUAAAUUCGGGGAUUCAUUGAAGAAAGAAACCGGGUUUGAUUUGCAAGAUGCCAAUGCCAGGAUUUCUGGGUUUGUGGGUGGAACUCAAGACUCUGUAUUGAAAUACCUAACUCAGUUCUCAGCUUGGAACGACUGGCAACGUUGGAAGGAUAUCAAUAAUUGGGAACCCACAAGAGUAGGUGUGUUGGCAAUCUAUGUCUUGGUGAUGGUCGUUUCAUGCCAAAGGAUAUUUAUGGCUGUGCGAGCUCCUUUUCUUCAUCGUCAAAUAGAAGAAGCAUCGGAAGCCUACAUGGAGGCUUUGAUUCCUGAACCAUCUCCCUCUAACAUUAGGAAGUAUAAAAAAGGUUUAUGGAGGAAGUCGAUACCAAAAGGCCUCAAAAUGAAGAAAUUCAUUGAAGGGCCAGAUGGAACACUUAUCCACGACACAUCCUAUGUUGGAGAAGAUGCAUGGGAUGAUGAUGAUGAUGAUGCCACAGCUUCUAAGGACAAAGUCAAGGAAAUCAUUGACCAUGAUGUCAGACUGAACAGUCAAGACAAAAGGGAGCUUCAAGAAGAGCUAGGGAUUUCAGAUGUUAAUCAAGAAGAAAGUACACGGACAUGGCAAGAAAGGCUGCAAAUAUGGAAAGAGAUUCUUAGGAAGGAGCAAUUGGCUGAGCAAUUAGACUCAUCACGUGCUAAGUAUGCAGUUGAAUUUGACAUGAAAGAAGUUGAAAAGAGCUUCCGUGAAGAAGAUGCAAAAGCAAAAGCAACAGCAGAAGGGACAAGAGCACUUUGGAUAUCAAAAAGAUGGUGGCGUUACCGACCUAAACUUCCUUAUACUUACUUUCUUGAAAAGCUUCAAACCUCUGAGGUUGCAGCUGUUGUGUUUACAGAGGAUUUGAAAAGAUUGUAUGUAACAAUGAAUGAAGGGUUCCCCCUAGAAUAUGUUGUUGACAUGCCACUCGAUCCAUACCUCUUUGAAAUGAUCACAAAUUCUGGAGCUGAAGUUGAUCUACUCCAGAAGCGACAAAGCCAUUACUUGUUAAAACUAGUAAUCGCGUUGCUUCCCACAAUUUUGGUUUUAUGUUUUCUACGGGAAUCCAUAAUGCUUUUACACAUUACUUCAAAGCGCUUCCUGUAUAAGAAGUACAAUCAGCUAUAUGAUAUGGCCUAUGCUGAAAAUUUUAUCCUGCCAGUCAGAGAAGUUGAUGAAACAAAAUCAAUGUACAAGGAUGUAGUGCUGGGAGGAGAUGUAUGGGAUCUUUUGGAUGAGCUAAUGAUUUACAUGCGAAAUCCAAUGCGGUAUUAUGAAAAACAAGUGAAGUUUGUUCGGGGAGUGCUUCUAUCAGGGCCUCCAGGGACUGGAAAAACACUAUUUGCAAGGACACUAGCAAAGGAGAGUGGGAUGCCAUUUGUAUUUGCAUCUGGUGCAGAGUUCACAGAUAGUGAAAAAAGUGGGGCUGCAAGAAUAAAUCAAAUGUUCUCAAUUGCAAGGAGAAAUGCUCCUGCUUUUAUCUUUGUAGAUGAGAUUGAUGCGAUUGCUGGAAGACAUGCAAGAAAAGAUCCACGAAGGAGAUCAACAUUUGAGGCACUAAUCGCCCAGCUCGAUGGAGAUAAAGAGAAAACAGGGGUGGAUCGAUUUUCAUUAAGACAAGCAGUUAUAUUCAUCUGUGCUACAAAUAGGCCGGAUGAAUUGGAUCUAGAGUUUGUUAGUGGUGGACGUAUUGAUCGCCGAUUGUACAUUGGUUUACCUGAUGCAAACCAAAGGCUGCAAAUUUUUGGUGUCCACAGUUCCGGGAAGCAGCUUGCUCAUGACGUCGAAUUCAACAAGCUGGUGUUUCGCACUGUUGGGUAUUCUGGGGCAGAUAUAAGAAAUCUUGUGAACGAAGCUGGAAUAAUGGCUGUGAGAAAAGGGCAUACGAAGAUCUACCAGCAAGACAUUGUUGAUGUAUUAGAUAAGCAGCUGCUUGAGGGAAUGGGUGUGCUCCUAACAGAGGAAGAACAGCAGAAGUGUGAAGAAAGAGUAUCUGCUGAAAAGAAGAGGCUGUUGGCAGUACAUGAAGCUGGUCAUAUAGUAUUAGCACAUUUAUUUCCUCGAUUUGAUUGGCAUGCAUUUUCUCAGCUGUUACCGGGUGGUAAGGAAACUGCAAUAUCUGUUUUCUACCCUAGAGAAGAUAUGGUAGACCAAGGGUACACAAGUUUUGGCUACAUGAUGAUGCAAAUGGUGGUGGCUCAUGGUGGCCGUUGUGCUGAACGUCUUGUCUUUGGUGAUGAUGUCACUGAUGGUGGAACUGAUGAUCUAGAAAAGAUCACAAAGAUUGCUCGAGAAAUGGUGAUUAGCCCUAGAAAUGCAAGGUUAGGGUUUGCUACAUUGACAAACAGAGUUGGAUUGGCUAACAGAGCAGAUACUACUGAUGGGGAACUCAUAAAAUACAGGUGGGAUGACCCACAUGUAGUUCCUGCUGACAUGACAGUUGAAGUUUCAGAACUCUUCACUCGGGAACUUACAAGAUAUAUUCAAGAGACAGAAGAGGUUGCAAUCAAAGGGUUGACCCAGAAUAGGCACAUACUGGAUUUGAUUUCAAGGGAAUUACUGGAGAAGUCAAGAAUUACUGGGGUGGAGGUUAAAGAGAUAGUAGGAAGAAUGUCCCCUCAGAUGUUUGAAGAUUUUGUCAAGCCUUUCCAAAUAAAUGCGGAAGAGGAAGGACCGCUGCCUCACAAUGAGCAGUUGAGAUACCAAGCUCUGGAUGUUUACCCAGCACCUCUCCACAGAUGUUGAGCAGCCUAUGAUUUGUGGAUUUGUGGAUGUGGUUGUAUUUUCCAGUAUACAAAAUCCAAAUAAAUAUAAGAAAAAUUCCCUUUUUCACUCA